AUGCCUUUGUUCUUCCCUGCAGCAGCAGCAGCAGCAGCAGCAGCAGCAGCAGCAGCAGCAGCAGCAGCAGCAGCAGCAGCAGCGGCGGCGAGGGUGAUGCGGGCCUGGGCGCGCGCGGCGAGGAGGCAGCGGGAUGCCGCAGCAGCAAAACGCAGUCGCGUGAGGCAAACAGCAGCAGCAGCAGCAGCAGCAGCAGCAGCAGCAGCAGCAGCAGCAGCAGCAGCAGCAAAGGCUCUGACCUGCGACCUCGUCCAGUCGAAAACCGCGAAGGCUUCUUCCGGAGAGUGCUCAGCUGCAGCAGCAGCAGCAGCAGCAGCAGCAGCAGCAACAGCAGCAGCAGCGGCGAAUCGACCCAUGGAAAGCAGCGUCGAGCGCGCCCACUCGCGGCGCGCGCCGCGGCAGCACCCGCAGCAGCUGCCGCAGCCUGCACCUGCACCUGCUGCUGCUGCUACCCCUGCUGCUGCUGUUGCUGCUGCUGCUGCUGCUGCUGCGGGCCGUGGGGUGUACGUACACUCGGGAAGAUGCACCAGCCGCAGCUCCAGCGGCCUGCGGGUGACAACGCCGUCGCCUCUGGGCAGAAAGUCCACCCCCACAAUAGCCUCCAAAACAGAGCUUUUCCCUGCAGCAGCAGGGGGGCAUUGGGAGCGACGGCGAGUGGAGAUCGCGUGUCUGCUGCUGCAGCGGCAGCACCUCUGCUGCUGCAGCAGCAACUCUGCUGCUGCAGCAGCAGCAAGAGAGAAGCAAAUGGAUAAAAGGAAAGAAGUUUUAAAAACGAAAAAUGCUUACCUGCUGAUUGUGUCCCCAAGACGCAAAUCCUUGGCAGCUGAAUCCACUGCUGCACUCCGCAGUCCCGCAGCUCAUCCUGCAGCAGCAAACAGCAGCAGCUGCAAGGCCACUCAGAGCAGCAGCAGCAGCAGCAGCAGCAGCAACGGGAGGGACGCAAAACUGCAGCAAGAAGCGCCGCGGGCGUCAGGUAAAGGACCAGCAGCAGCAGCACAGCAGCAGCAGCAGCUGCUGCUGCUGCAGCAGCUGGCGAGACCACGGUCAAACUGGGAAGAGCCGCGGUGGAAAGCAGCAGCAGCCCCUGCUGCAGUUGCUGCUGCUGCUGCGGCGGCGGCAGCUGCUGCUGCUGCUGCAGCCGCGGCUGCUGCUGCUGCUGCUGCUGCUGCUGCUGCUGCAGCAGGGACCUACCACCACGUUGAUCAGCUUGCGCAGCUGGUGGUACAUCUGAGACUCGAGUUUGCUGCCGUCGCCGCUGGCAGUGCUGGCGGUCUCGGAGGCCAUUUGGGGGCCGCUGAGGUGUUCCAUUGUGGGGCAGGAGCAGCAGAAGUCAAGGGGAAGAGGCAGCAGCGCAGCAGCAGCAGCAGCAGCAGCAGCGGCAGCGGCAGCGGCAGCGGCAGCAGCAGGGCGCCGCGGCGAGCCGCCGCAGCACAACGACGGGCACAAAGACUGCAGAGGCGCCGCAGCGCCAAAGACAACUCAGAAAUUCAAAAAAAAGAACAAACCAUUCAAGAGGAGCAGCUUGAGGACUCUGGCUGCUGCGCUGCUUCCAAGAGAGCGCCGUCGCCCGCAGCCCUGCUGCAGCUGCUGCUGCAGCAGCAGCAGCUGCCGCAGCAGCUGCAGCAGGCCUUCCGCUGCCGCUGCGCUGCAGCAAGCUGUGGAGUGCUGCUGGCCGCCGCAAGUGAAAGCCGCAGCAGCAGCAGCAGCAGCAACAACAGCAGCAGCAACAGCGCGGCAGCAGCAAAGCUCAGGACAGAAGGGCCCUUCACUCCCCACAGUGCCGAAGCUGUAGCGCAGCGCAGCAAAAACCACUGCACGUGGCAGCAGCAGCUGCUGCUGCAGCAGGCAGCAGCUGCUGCUCAGCAGCUGCUGCAGCAGCAACGGCAGUUCUAUAUCUUAGUUCUGGGCAGCAGCAGCAAGCAGCCAGCCCCCCGAGUUUGGGAUCGGCAGCAAAAGAAUGUUGGACUUCAGAAGCAGCAGCAGCAGCAGCAGCAGCAGCAGCAGCAGCAAAGAAUAGAAAACUAA